AUGGAGAGCAAUGAAAUAGAUCCGCAAACGCCAAUUCAAAUCCCGCGGCCGUCUUCACCACGAAAAUUUUUCGCUCGUAUUUACGGUCAUCUGGAGGAGUCUGGAGUUACGAAACAGACAAAUGAAGCAGUGGAUAGAUUACAAUUUGAAAGCGAAUCGUCUUCAGACGUUGAGAUUGGGGAUAAUGAAGCAGUUGGGCCGGUGGUGAGGAGUCCGCCGCUGUGGAUGCCACCGCCACCUCUACCGCUUUGUCCUCGUCCGAUGCUGUUACCACACCAACAAUUAGCAUUCGGUGCUGGGCUUGCAGCAUUUUUGGCUCGUCGAAGGCGAAAAGAAAGUCGGCCGAGGCGACAACGAACGACAUUCUCGGCACAUCAAACUCUUAGACUAGAAUUAGAAUAUGCAAGAGGCGAAUAUGUGGCAAGAGCGAGAAGGUGUGAACUCGCGUCAGCUCUAUCACUGAGUGAAACACAAGUUAAAAUCUGGUUUCAAAACCGAAGAGCAAAAGACAAAAGAAUAGAGAAGGCUCAUCUUGAUCAACAGUACAGACAUUUAGCAGCUGCAUCGGGUUUAUUUCCAUCAGUAUUAGGUGCUCCUUACUGUCCACCGCCGUGUCCUUGCUUGCCGCCGCCACCGCUAGACAAAUAAUAUAAUCAACAAGCUCUAACUGAGUGUAACGGAACGUGAACAAGCGACAAUUAAGCGAUAGUCGUACCCGUAUAAGAAAUCAACUAAAAAAUAUUCGUCAACAAGAUUUAAUAUAUUACUCGAGUAAACUUUUUAGUUUAUUAUCGGCUUUAGCAUUUUCGUCAACUAUAUGCACUCUGGUUCAAAGAAAACUCUACGUAAGAUAUUUAAAUGUAUAAUAGUACGCUAUUAGAAUAUUUAAAUGUAAACUUGCUGAUUUCCAUUGUAUCCAAUGGUCUUUAUAACUAAAAAAUAUUGUAAUCAGCGUAAUGUUAUAAUUUUCUAAAUAAAACAAUAAUCAUGUACCUCUAAGAAAUGUAUACCAGCAGCGCGUAUUGAGAGACACUGUGACUUGUCAACCUGUUAUAUAUUUUAUCGAAUUACGUGUUAUUUUGCGAAAUUCCAUUUAUUACUUAAUGGAUUUAUGUUUAAUUUCGCUACCAUCAGUAUGUGUGAGACCACAAAUAUUCCGUACCUGACCACUACUUCUGGAAGCGCUAUGACAUGCGAGUCGAAUAGAGGUCGUAACGCUUCCCGUAGUGGUGGUAUGCUCACAUUUCGCUGGGCAUAUUUAAAUCCAACAGCAUGUAGCGACUUAGCGAGCAUAUCGCAGUAAGGUUUAUUUACUGAUGUUUCCAUUAUCGGAAAUUCAAAAUAUAUAUUGAUACACAAAGUUCCUCUUUUCCUCUUCUUCUGAUGGCCAGAUUCGAACGAGGUAGAUAAGUCGAGAUAGGGAUUUUCCUUUAAGUUUAAAUGCAUAAAAUUUUAAUAAUUAUCCUACUAUAAGUGUUUAUAAUACUCAUUGUAAAUACUUCACUAUUUAGUAUAAAUAAAUGGGUUUAAAAUAUAGUACAGUGAACAGUAGUUGCAAACAGGCCCUAUAAAACAUCUGCAUUAUUUUUCUUUUUGAAUCUUAAAAAGAAUCUGUAUCUGCAUCUAUUCAGAACAGAUGCUUAUGUUUUGAGAUCAUUAUAAUCACACCAGUUAUUAAUGGGUUACUGCUAUUCAUGGGCGUGUGCAAUUCCAGUGCGAAUGCACAAAAUAGAGAAUUACUUCUGUGUUCCGUUGCUGAAUGUAUGUGCCUACACAGACAUAUAAAUCAAAACGCUAUGAGAUAUUUAAUAAUUUUAAUAAUGUCAGUAUUAUCAAAGUAGUAGAAUGUAAUACUACCGAGGUUUCUAUGUAGUUUUAAUCAAUUAUUACCAUUAACAUUUAUUGUAAAUAUGUAUGAUAUUUUAAUAUAUAUUAUAUAUAGUGUUGUAAUAUAUGAUAUCAAGUUGAAAUAAAAGAAUAUUCGUUAUUUAAUAUUUUUAUUUGGGCAAAGUCGACUUACCAUGGCCUUUUCCACUCGAAUGUCUCGUCCAUGUAGAAGAGUCCAUGGAAAACAUUAUACAUUUAAUUCAAUGCACACAAAAUAUAAUAAAACAUUUUACUUCACACUU